UGGAUUCAUCAAACAAACCGGCACUACCGGCAGUCUCGUCGGUAUUUAACAACAAGAGCCCACGAUGGGGGUCAAAGAUUUGUGGAAUGUCAUUGAGUCCUCCUGUGAUACUGUUUCCCUUGACACAUUGAAGAACAAGACCAUUGCCAUUGAUUUGGCUGGCUGGGCGGUUGACAGCCAGUGUCUUAAGGCUGCCAAUGAUGCGCAGAUCAACAUGCACCUGAGGAAUUUAUUCUACAGAACAAAAGCCCUCCUCCUACAGGGAACAAUCCCUGUAUUUGUUCUGGAAGGAAAGCCACCAGAAUUAAAGAAAAAAGUCAUAGCCGAGAGGCUGAACAUCAGAGAGGGGAAGAGCAAAGAUGCUGAAAUUAAAGAUUCGAGAUGCAAUCGUCGAGGAUUGAACAGAAUUCUGAAGGCCUGCGAAAGGAUGUUGAAUUUGAUGGGAUUGGAGUGUGUGAAGGCACACGGGGAGGCUGAAGCUAUGUGCGCUUAUCUAAACGCAGACGGGCUCGUAGAUGGCUGCAUCACCCAGGAUGGCGAUUGUUUCUUGUAUGGAGCAAAAACAAUAUACAGAAAAUUCACAAUGGCCGGGAAAGCUGGCACUGGAGGUACUGCAGAGGAGUACUCAAUCGAGAAAAUUGAGAGUAUGUACAAACUAGGUCGAAACAAACUCAUUGCCCUGGCACUACUCUGUGGGUGUGACUAUACACCUGGAGUUAAUCAAAUUGGCCAAAAGACGGCGUUGAAAUUUUUCAGUCAUUUCGAGGACUCAGAGAUACUAAGGAGGAUGAAGAGCUGGAGGUACGACAAAAGCCCAGCACCAACGAAAGAAGAGCGAGUUGUGAAAUCAAAAUGCGUGCUGCUGGAGGAUUUUCCAAAUCAAGAAGUAAUAGAUGAAUUCCUGAUACGAAAGGGUUCAAUACCAACGAGAAUUGAUAAUUGGAAGCGCCCCAAUGGCGCUGCCUUAGUCGAGUUCCUCGCAGCCAAUUUGUUUUGGGAGGUUGACUUCACCGUCAAGCAUGUUCUCCCCCUCGUCACAAGGUGGCAGGUCCUCAACUUCAUGGGUAUUCCCGAGGAGCUGCGCCCGAACGAUCCAGACAUCCUCAUCCCCAAAGAAAUAAAGAAGACGAGGAAGCCUGGAACAGUCUUAAGUUUCGAAAUCGAGUGGACAAUCUCACGAGACAGUAAUUACUUUCUGAUUCCUAAGAUUAACGAGCAGUCUCUCAAAGACACUGAGCUACUCUGCACAGUAGAAUGCCAGCACUACGUCAUCAAAUCCUAUCCCCAGUUGGUCCAGGCAUUCGAGGAUCUGCAGGCAGCUAAGAAGAAGCCACAGAGGAAGCCAAGAAAAGGAAAGACUGCGGACGUGGAGGAAAAGACUGGACAGUCUCCGAAGCAGAAGAAGACCAAAGGUAAGAAGGAGGAGGUGCCAUGCAAGAGGAUAGACAAUUACUUCCAGCAGAGGAAAUGCGUGUCAUCCAGGAAACCAGAGAAAAGUGGGCCAGGGAGGAUUCAUCAGCCAGAAACCUCUCGCCCUCAGAAUCGAGAGAAACUCAGAGAGAAUUCUGCUUCGAAACUCGAUGGAACUCUCAAACAAAUUUACGACGACCUGAGUCCUGAGGAUUUUGCCAGUGAUGUGGAUGCUGAUUGUGCUGAGAUGUCCAUGGUGGUCCAGAGGACGUGCAGCCAAACCAACACAAUCCUUCCUGCAUUGCUCUCACUGCAAUCAGAUGGAGCACCUCAAGAUUAUCUCUCAGAAGAAAAAACGCGACCUAGUCCAAUCAAGGAGGUUGUAGAUAUAGUCGACAUAUCAUCUGAUGACGAUAUUGUUUAUGUCCCUCUUGGUGAACGUCUAAAGGCCAGGGGGUAGACUGCCUAGAGAUUUACAAGUAGAGCAUUUUUACCUGAUAAUGUUUCCAAGAAAGCGGGUUCAUGUGCAUUUUAUUUUAUGAUGGAGAAAAAUUGGAAUAAACAUACUUAGCUUUUUUAAAAAUAUGAAGAUGAUUCAUUAAAUGUAAAAUGAAAAGAUCAGUGUACAACAUUUUCCUCAUCUAAUUUAGUAGUUCUCUCUUAUAGUCUAAUAUAUAUCUAAAUGAACUAAAUACUCCUUUCAUAAAUUUCUAUCAAUCUCGAUUUGAUUUAUCUCUCUUCUUUGCCUUCCGAAUAUUAAAUUGGGGGGCU